CUCCCUGGCUAUUUUUCUUUAAGAUAAAAGUAAAAUCUGCCAGGGAAAGAAAGCAGGCAUCCUCAUCCAUUGAGCUUUCUCUUGGGGCCCCUCUCCCUUGAGUUUGGCCUCCUGACUCUGCAAGGAAACAAAGGGGCGGUCUGCAGGCUGCUGAGGCCAGAGGGCUGGCGGGGCGGCUUAAAAAGAUGGAAUCUCUGGGGCUUCAGCGAGGCGCACCCCCGUGUCCUGGGCUUUGUCAAGACAGCUGGCUUCUGCGGAAGGAGCCCGGCAGGCUGGCCACCUAAUCUUUCCUGGAGCAGCUUAGGGGAUUGUCUUUUUCUGGCACCUGCUUGCUGCCCCACCCCAGGAGCAUCCUCCAUAACCCCGGGCUGGGAUUUAGCCUGAGCUGGGUCAGCUGGGCUCCCCGGGGGCUCCUGGUGUGACCCCCAGUCAUCUCUGUACUGGGACACCUCCUGUCCCUGCAGCCGGGACCGGACACAGGCCAAGGGCAGCAGGUCAGGCCUGCUCUGGACAUUGACGCCGAGGCCUAGCUCAUGGCUCCCGGUGCCUGAGUGGCAGGAGGUGGGCCUCCUGGGUGCCAGGAUGGAUUUUGGGUCCUUGGAGACGGUGGUGGCCAACUCUGCCUUCAUCUCUGCUCGGGGCAGCUUCGAUGGGAGCUGCGCGCCGCCCUCCCGGGACAAGAAGUACCGGGCCAAGCUCAAGCUGCCCCCGCUCUCCAAGUGCCAGGCCCUCGGGGACUGCCUGGACCUGGAGUUCCAGAGCCUGUGCUCGGAGCAGCCCAUCGGCAAGCGGCUUUUCCAGCAGUUCCUGAAGGCCAACGAGAGGCACGUGCCGGCCCUAGAGCUCUGGAAGGACAUUGAGGAUUACGACACGGCUGAUGAUGACCUGCGGCCGCAGAAGGCCCGGGCCGUCCUGGCUGAGUACCUGGACCCCCAGGCCAAGCUCUUCUGCGGCUUCCUGGAUGAAGGGACGGGGGCGAAGGUCCGGGAGGGGCCAGCGGCGAGCGGGGACGGGCUCUUCCAGCCCCUGCUGCAGGCCACCCUGGCCCACCUGAGCCAGGCCCCGUUCCAGGAGUUCCUGGGCAGCCUGUACUUCCAGAGGUUCCUGCAGUGGAAGUGGCUGGAGGCGCAGCCCACAGGCGAGGACUGGUUCCUGGACUUUCGGGUGCUGGGGAAAGGGGGCUUUGGGGAGGUGUCGGCCUGCCAGAUGAAGGCGACGGGCAAGAUGUAUGCGUGUAAGAAGCUGAACAAGAAGAGGCUGAAGAAAAGGAAGGGGUACCAGGGUGCUAUGGUAGAGAAGAAGAUCCUGUCGAAAGUACACAGCAGGUUUAUCGUCUCUCUGGCCUAUGCGUUUGAAACCAAAACUGACCUCUGCCUGGUGAUGACCAUCAUGAAUGGAGGCGACUUAAGGUACCACAUCUACAAUGUGGAUGAGGAGAACCCUGGCUUCCAGCAGCCCCGCGCCGUCUUCUACGCGGCCCAGAUCCUCAGCGGCCUGGAGCACCUGCACCAGAGGGGCAUCGUCUACCGAGACCUCAAGCCUGAGAAUGUGCUGCUGGAUGACGAAGGGAAUAUCCGAAUUUCUGACCUUGGGCUGGCCGUGGAGCUGAAGGAAGGGCAAACCAAGACCAAGGGCUAUGCAGGGACCCCAGGUUUCAUGGCCCCAGAACUCUUGCGGGGUGAGGAGUAUGACUUUUCUGUGGAUUACUUUGCCCUGGGGGUCACGCUGUAUGAGAUGAUUGCGGCCAGAGGACCCUUCCGAGCCCGGGGAGAGAAGGUGGAGAACAAGGAGCUCAAGCAGAGGAUCCUCUCGGAGGCAGUCAAGUACACUGACAAGUUCAGCCAGGCCAGCAAGGACUUCUGUGAGGCACUGCUGGAGAAGGACCCGGAGAAGCGCCUGGGGUUUAGAGAUGGGACUUGUGAUGGGCUCCGAGUCAACCCCCUCUUUAAAGACAUUAAUUGGAGACAGCUCGAGGCAGGGAUGCUGAUCCCCCCCUUCAUCCCAGACUCCAGAACUGUCUAUGCCAAGAACAUCCAAGACGUAGGGGCCUUUUCCACAGUCAAAGGUGUGGUCUUUGAAAAAGCAGAUACAGAGUUCUUCCAGGAAUUUGCCACCGGCAACUGCUCCAUUCCCUGGCAGGAGGAGAUGAUUGAGACGGGCAUCUUUGGGGAGCUGAACGUGUGGCGUGCUGAUGGGCAGAUGCCCGAUGACAUGAAGGGGAUCACCGUGGAGGAGGCUGCUCCCUCCUCCAAGUCAGGAAUGUGUCUGGUUUCCUAGACGUGGAGGAAAAGGGACCUCCCUCCGCAGCUGGCAGGGCUGAAUAGGCCUUUGUGAGACAGUGGAGCUCUCGCGUGGUGAUAGGCAGCUCCCACCUGUGUGGCCGAGCUGCUCACAGCAGGGCAGAAGGAGGCACAGAGCCACUAGACCCCCAGGCCCAGGGUCAGGAGCUCCAGCUUGUAAAUAGUCCACUUCUUUUGCCCCAUUUCACUCAUAAAAGACACAACCAUGGCUCCUGGACAGAGUGCAGCAACAAUACAGAACUGUCCAGGCUCCCGUAUGGACCUGCAAGUUGGUGGCGGUGUUGAGCAGCUGGGCAGAUGGCUGCUCAGACGAGAGGAUGCUCAGUUUGGGUUUCCUGGCACUUUAACUGCAACUUCCAAGAGCCCCAUCCUCAGUGGAGGCCUUCUCUUGGUUGGUCCAGGGGGUGGCAAUCCAUAGCCCUUGGGCUUCAGGGCACCGUGAGAGAGGCCUGGACUCUCCCCCUUCACACCCAGCUCCUGUUCCUCCUGCCACCUGGUGGCUUGCAGGGCCCUGGGACGUGCCCUCAGCACCCCCUGACCCACAGGAAAGGAGUGGAUCUUGACAAUCAAUGGCUUUGGAGGGUUGCUGGCCAAAACUAGGACCUAACUACCUCCUUUUUGCUCUAGAGCCUGUGUAGGAGGGAUGACCCAAGCCCUAAGCAGGUGUGUGUGGUACAGAUGAUUGCUAGGUGUAGACUCUCUAGUUCUGUGGAGGCAUUUCAAGUGUGUUCCUUAGAGUUACCUUCUGCACAUGAAGACUUUACAGCACCCUGGGACUGGUGAAAUAAACCUUACCAGAACUGUCCUUCUCUCCUGACUGUGGUGUGGUCUUGUAGAGUCAUAGGAUGCUCUGGAUGGGCCUUGGAUAGGCAUCGAGUACUUUCUGGUCUGUGAUCUGAAAUGACCACCUGGUACAUUUCCCUGGGCAAGACCAAGAUGAGGGAUCCAGGGGUGGAGGGAUGCUAAGCUGUUGGUAGGACAAAUCACCAUACCCUUCCCUAAGUCUGGUUUGUUUUCUAGACUAGUACAUUCGGAUAAGGUAAUGACUAUAAAUUUCAUUUCACUACAUUCUGGUGCAAGAAAAGACCCAUUUAUGAUUUUUCUGAAGACAUUUAUUCUGCACUAGGUACCCAUGGCCCUGAAGGGUGAUUUUAGCAGCCUCAGUGGUGGGGGUGGAGGCCUGACCCUUGCCCCCUCUGGCCACCAUCCCCACCUGCCAGUCUGGGGCCCAUGGUGCCUGAUGGUGGAGACCCUUCUCUUUUUGCACCAGAUUCACCAGCGAGGACCUUUCUGCCUUUAUCUUAUGGUUAGAUGUAACACAGCUGGUUACAUUUGAACUUCAGAUAAAUAAGUAAUUCUGUAAGUGUAUGUCUCAAAUUAUUGCAUAAGACAUACACUGAAACAUUGUUCAUUGA